CAGCAACUGCUGCAACGGUAAAGCGGUUCUUUAACACCUCCCAAACGACGUCGCACCAGGCGUUGACUUCUCCUGUCUUCCCUUCCUCCUCCCCCUCCUCUAUAAACCCCUGCUAAAACCAGAUCUCACUCUCACUCAAAGAAUGGCGAGUCGACUCGUUCUCGCAUUCGCACUCAGUGCCCUCCUCUUUUUCUCCCACUCGGUUCUCUGCAAGGACUCGCACCCUACCGACGACAACGACGAGGAUCUCAGCUUCCUCGAGGAGCCCACUGACCACGGCGACGCCGCGCCGCACUAUCCAGAUUCGGACCACUACGACGAGGACAAUUUCGACGAUCUCGAGAACUACUCCGAUUUCGACGAGGGUGGCGAUCAUGAGGACUCGUACAAGCAGCCAGAGGUAGACGAGAAGGACGUCGUCGUUUUGAAGGCAGCGAACUUCAGCGAUGCAGUGGAGAAGAAUAGAUUCAUGAUGGUCGAGUUCUACGCGCCGUGGUGCGGACACUGCCAGGCCUUGAACCCGGAGUACGCGGCGGCAGCCACGGAGCUCAAGGGCGAAGAUGUAGUUUUGGCCAAGGUUGACGCCACGGAGGAGAACGAGCUGUCGCAGGAGUACGACGUCGAGGGUUUCCCGACUAUCUUCUUCUUCAUUGAUGGUGUUCACAAGCCUUACACAGGCCAAAGAACCAAGGAGGGAAUUGUAACCUGGAUUAAGAAAAAGAUUGGACCUGGAAUUCAAAACGUGACCACAUUGGAAGAUGCUGAACGUAUUUUGACUGCUGAAAGUAAAGUCGUUUUGGGCUACCUCAACUCUCUGGUGGGUCCUGAGAGUGACGAGCUUGCUGCUGCUUCAAGACUUGAAGAUGAGGUCACCUUUUACCAAACUGUAGAUCCCAAGGUGGCAAAACUUUUCCAUCUUGAUGCUGAAGUUAAGCGCCCUGCUUUGGUCCUGCUAAAGAAGGAGGCUGAGAAACUAAGUUAUUUUGAUGGUAAAUUUGAUAAAUCUGCAAUUGCCGAGUUUGUCUUUGCCAACAAGCUUCCUUUGGUUAUCACUUUUACUAGGGAUAAUGCCCCACAAAUUUUUGAAAGUACAAUCAAGAAACAGCUGUUGCUGUUUGCCACUUCAAAAGAUUCAGAGAAGUCUCUCCCUGAAUUUCAAAAGGCUGCACAACUUUUCAAAGGAAAGCUUAUCUUUGUAUAUGUGGAAACGGAUAACGAAGAUAUCGGAAAGCCAGUUUCAGAUUAUUUUGGUGUUACUAGUGAAGCUCCAACAGUUCUUGGGUAUACCGGAAAUGAUGAUGGUAGGAAAUUUGUUCUUGACGGAGAGGUGACCUUGGCUAAUUUAAAGACUUUUGGGGAGGACUUUAUUGAGGACAAACUUAAACCUUUCUACAAGUCAGAUCCAAUUCCUGAAACUAACGACGGGGAUGUGAAGAUAGUGGUUGGGAAUAAUUUUGAUGACAUUGUCUUGGACGAGUCAAAGGAUGUUCUUCUUGAGAUUUAUGCACCCUGGUGUGGGCAUUGCCAAUCUCUGGAGCCAACCUACAACAAGCUUGCCAAACAUUUACGAGGCAUUGACUCUAUUGUUAUAGCCAAGAUGGACGGAACCACAAAUGAGCAUCCCAGGGGAAAGGCUGAUGGGUUCCCCACACUUCUAUUCUUCCCAGCGGGAAAUAAGAGCUUUGAUCCAAUUCCCGUAGACUGUGACCGUACAGUGGUGGCAUUCUACAAGUUUCUCAAGAAAAACGCAUCAAUCCCUUUCAAGCUCCAGAAGCCAGCAUCAACGCCAAAAUCAGAGGGGUCUGCUGCAACAGAAAGCCAAGGGAGCAGCAGCAGCGCAGACGAUUCGAAGGAUGAACUAUGAGGAAUACAAUAGUGUAUGCUAUGUGAGUGUGGUAGAAAAGAGAGAGUUAUCACAUAGAAGAGAAACAGGGAGAUUAAAAAUCGUAAGUUAAUCUCAAAUUUGAAUCUUAAACCCCUCGAAAAGAUAUCGGGAGAAAAAUUUAGGAGUUGCAGCAAGCAGGUUUUGAAUGUGAUAUUUAAGAAACUUGAGCUGAAGAAAUUAAUAAUAGCACCUUUCUCA